AUGCCCAAAAAGGCUAGCGACACUCCGUCAUCGAUACGGAUUCGUGAGAACCAACGCCGUUCUCGCAACCAGCGCAAGGAGCUGAUCCAGGACCUGCAGCGCCGAGUCCAGGAGUAUGAACUCAAAGGCAUUGCCGCCACGCAGGACAUGCAGCGCGCUGCACGCAAGGUUGCCGAGGAGAAUGCGCGCCUGCGAAGCCUGCUUGCCAGCCGUGGUGUGACGCGCGAUGAGGUCGAUGCAUAUUUGCGCUCCUUCGACGCCGCCGCCGCUCCUCUGCCCACACAGCGGGUGCCGGAAAAGAGGCAACCGGAGCGCAUGCAACCCACUAUCCAACCGGCCCACCAACCCCUUGCUGGCGCUGUACAGCACCAAGCGCAUCCCGUUGACGGCCAUACCAACACGCCCACUGCUCUACCCCUAUAUGAGCCUGCCGUGUCCAUUGCACCACACGAGCCAUCUUAUUCCCGGCCACCAGACGGUGGCAUUCAUGACGGUAGUGCCUCGACCUUUUCCAUGCUCCAAGGCGACCCGGACUGCCCCAACACGGCCAAUUGCUUCUGCGCUCCCACCCCUGUCCCACAAGAACGACCCAUGGAUACCGGACUGCUGAUAUCGUGCGAGACGGCUGCCACCAUUAUUGCGGAGAUGCGUGGCGACGCAGACCGGAAUCGCAUCAAGGCUAGUCUGGGCUGUCGCGGACAAAAAGACUGUGUUGUCAAGAACACACUUGUGCUAGAGCUCAUGGACCAAAGAUAG